AUGGCGGACGAUCAUCACAGUAGUGAUGAUUCCGACAUUGAAAACCAAACCGAGUUUUCUGGUGUUUUGAGUAAAUGGACGAAUUAUAUUCACGGUUGGCAAGAUCGUUAUAUUGUAUUAACGAAUGGAACUUUAUCAUAUUAUAAAAGUGAACACGAAAGAGGGUAUGGAUGUAGAGGUGCCUUAACUCUCGCCAAAGCUGUUAUCAAGCCUCACGAGUUUGAUGAAUGCAGAUUUGACGUAGCUGUAAACGAUUGUGUAUGGUAUUUAAGAGCUGACUCAGUUGAUAUCAAACAAAGCUGGUUAGAGGCGUUAGAGUCAUUUAAGGUUGAAUCAGGCUAUGGCACUGGUUCAGAAACUAGCUUAAAGAGGCAUGGCUCUUCUGUUAGUUUACAGUCGAACAACCAGAGCACAGCCUCUGGAAGUAGUUUUAAGAGGGGUUCCAGGAAUUUACGCGAAAAGGUCGCGGAAAUUGAUACCUAUAAAGAUAUUCUAACAAGGCAGAUAGACACUUUACAAAAGUAUUUUGAUUAUUGUGUUACUCAUGAUGCGAGGAAAGAAUCUCCUAAUAAAGAAAGUUUACCAGUUAUUGACUUCAAAGGGGAAGCUAUCACAUUUAAAACAACCACAGCUGCAGUGAUUGACACUUUGCAACAUUGUGCAGAGUUGGUUUCACAAAGAGAAGAAUCUUGGCGAAAAAGAUUGGACAGGGAAAGGGAAAGAAGAAAACAUACUGAAAUAUUAACACAAAAGUACUUUGAACAACUGCAGAAAUCAAGAAAUAUCCAUCCAGGACCAGAUCUAGAGGAGGGGCCUCAUAGCGUCCUAGGUGACGAUGAGUUCUAUGAUGCCGUCGAAUCCGGGUUAGACAAAAUGGAAGAGGAACAAGAAUUUAGAGAUAGGUUAAAAUCUGGACAGAUUCCCGUUACACCACCUCCCAUUUCACCGGCUGUGCAGCAUCGGCUUUGGCCAGAAAUUGACAAAAUGGUAAAACAGCAAGUUGCUAUGGCGCGUAUGGGUAUUGGCGAAUGCGGAACUGGCUGGCAACUUUUCGCUGAAGAUGGUGAAAUGAAAAUGUACAGAAGAGAGGAAGAAGUCGAUGGAAUGGUCGUUGAUCCACUCAAAGCCGUGCACGUAGUAAAAGGUAUCACUGGACACGAAGUUUGUCAUUAUUUCUUCAGUCCCAAAUACCGAUACGAUUGGGAAACCACUCUGGAACAUAUGACCGUAUUGGAAACGAUAUCCGACGACACCUUAAUGUUCCUACAGACCCACAAAAGGAUAUGGCCGGCCAGUCAAAGGGAAGCGGUAUUUUGGUCGCAUAUGAGAAAACUGCCCAACGAUCAGGACAGAGACGGACCAGACAUGUGGACAGUUGUAAAUAAUUCGACUGAAGAUCCUUCUCAUCCUGCAAACGUGGGAAAAUGUGUUAGGAUAUAUUUAACUGUAUGCCUUUUAUGUCAGACGAGGGUACAUCCUCCUAAAGAUGGUACUCCUAUCACAAGAGAUAAUGUGUCUUGUAAAAUUACAUAUUGUUCAGUAGUUAAUCCUGGAGGUUGGGCUCCAGCCUCAGUACUAAGGGCUGUGUACAAAAGGGAGUACCCUAAAUUUUUGAAAAGAUUCACAACUUACGUAAUAAACCAAACGAAGAGUAAACCUAUUAUGUUUUAGGGCAGGAAUAAUAUUUGUUUUAUUUUUAUUAUUUAUACAAUUAUUAAACGUUAUUUUAUGUUA